AUGGCAAGAAAAUUAGCGAAAACAUCACCAUUAAAUAUUCCGCCGGAAUCACCAUCAAAUAUUCCGCCGGAGAUAAUUGAAAUUAUACUGUUAAAAUUAUCAUCAGUUAAAUCUCUUCUUCGAUUCAAAGCAGUAUCAAAGUCAUGGAAUACUUUAAUCUCCGAUCCUUUAUUUAUUCAAAAUCAUCUCCAAUCGUCGAAUAACUCUUCGGAUAAUCUCUUCUUAAUGAGGUUUACAAAUUAUAGCGGUAAAGGGUUUUGUUUGGUUAAAUUAGAAGGUCAAGAUUUCGACACGGAAGCAAUAUUGAAGAGUCCGUAUGGUUGCAACAUGAUAUUAUGCGAAUGUAACGGCGUCCUACUUGUGGGCGACUCUACGUACAAGUGCAGCAGAAAAUAUGUGUUGUGGAAUCCAUCAACUCGAAAGGAGAUAUAUUUUGACUGCCCGUGUGCAUUAUUUGAUAAAGAUGAGAUGUUGAAUCCCGGGAUAUGUUACGAUCCGAUAACAGGUGAUUUCAAGGUCGUUCUUAUCGGUAGUGGGUCCUACGCAAUAUAUUCGUGCAAGAACAAUUCUUGGACGGAAAAGAAAUUAGGAAUCCGAUACACAGGCACCACUUGUCAUGGAAUCUUCGUUGACGGAGCUACCUAUUGGCGGCUAUUUCACUACAAUGAAAAUAAUGCGGAAUUGUUGUAUUUCGAUCCGAGAACCGACGAGCUCAAGACGUUGCAAAAGCCUGAACAAGUGAAAUAUGAUGGUGGUUCGGUAUUUAUUGGGGUGGCUUGUUUGAGAGGUAACUUGUGUUUGUACGUCACCACGAGAGAUUUCGGGGCACAGAAAAUUCAAAUUUGGAUAAAGGAAAAGGGCAUUCGUUUGGGGGAGAAUCCUAAUUGGAAAGAGUUGAUAACCAUUACCGAGAAUGUGCCGACUCGGACAUUGUGGUUUAAACCCUUAUGUUUCGUCGGAAAUGAGAUUUUAAUUCAAUCCGUUUUUACGGGGUUUCUCUACUAUAGCCCUUCUGAAAAGACGUUUGAAGUAUUCGAUAAGAGUUGCACGAAUCGAGUCAUUCCAUUUCGAAAUAGUCUGUAUUUCUAA